CUCAAUGAAGUAUAUCCAUUAUUGAAGAUGAAACUAUAUAAACAAUUAUGGAAUCUAACACCAGCUCAGAGUGUCAAUAGAUAUCUGAAUCUGAAUACAGAAAUAGAUGGUGGGGAUCUUUCUUUGGGACCAGGAUUUCUGUUCACACCAACCUUUUCCUAUUUAGCAUCACACUAUCUGUCUAACUCAGACAAUUCUCAAGAUGGCAAGAAAUCAUAUGAAAACAGAUUACAACCUUUACAAGUACCAUUGGGGAACUUCUCAGCAGAAAUAGAGAAGCUCAAUUUGAUGUCAAAACAGCUCUGGUGUAAUUGCUCAUUGUUAGCAGAACCUCAGUAUGAUCCAAGAACAUCUGAAAGAAGAAAUAUUGCUUUUGAAUUUAAACACCUUUUGACAUCCCUAACAGCAUCAUUAAGUGAAGAAAACCAGGCAAUGAUAGGACAAAUAUCACCUGUAUUAGAACUUAUGUCUAAUGGACAAACAGAUCAAAUUCAAAAAUCAGAAUUUGUGGAAAAGUUCUGUUUUGUGUUAAAAUCUAUUUACCCGGAACAUGAUGUAGUUGACAAAUGUGUGAAAAGUGUUAUGGACAUUGUAACAAGUAGUGAAACAAGCACUCUACAGUCUAUAGGUACAGCAUGGGUAUGGCUUGGAUUAGUUAGCAUUGAACUGUUGACUCCAUACCUGUCUGUGGAUCCUGUGGAAAAGGUUGCCAUCAAGAUUGAAAUACUUACUAAUGAGUUGAAUGAAAUAGAAUAUGAAUUAUCAGCUAGAAGUACACACCAUGAUAUACAGACCGGUGACAGUCUGGACAGUCUCCCUGACAGGUUAUUGCAUCCACAUGUAGUACAUCUGAAGGAGAAACAAUGUGUCCUACAGCAGAACAUACAGACAUUACAACAUCAGCAAGCUUACAGACCAACACCAUCACAGUUUAGGUCUGUGGUAUCAUUGAUCACAAACUUCAAAACCAGCAUUGGAUCAGUUGAUCAUGUGACUAAUCUACUGAAAAAAUUGAUGCAGACUACUGUUGCUAAGACAACCAAAACAUUAAAUGAAGAAGAGGCUUGGCAGAAAUCUGUCACAAGUUUUAUACAGAACCUGGAUGAGAAUUUCCCUCACUACAGAGACAUAACUAUCCCUUUCUUAGUAGCUCUAUAUCAGAUAAAACAUGGAAUGAGAUUAGUCGCCACAGAUAUAAAACAGUCAAACUACCAUAAAGAUCUUACUGGAAGACUUCAUACACAGAAUGAAGACCUAUUAAGUUCAGUGAUGUUACAACUGUCAGAGGUGCCCAAUAUAUCUGUGAACAGUCCUGACUUCCUCUAUCUAGCUCAAAAUAUCAACAGUACUGACACACAACAGGUCAUUGGAUCACUGGUACCUGAUUCUACUGCAGCAAAUUCUCUUUUGUCUAGUUUAAGAAGCAGUGGACUGGAUUUAGUUAGCAGUGAUAGUUUCAUCAGGAAAGAGUUGACGCCAAGAUUGGUCUUCACUAUGUCUAAAUUAUUGGACCAGUUUGUACAGACUUGGCAACAGCAGGAAGAAAGAAGGAGACAAAAGGAGGAAGAAGAUGCUUGUCUGUACAGAUAUAAAGCUCAGCUUCAUGGGGAUGAAAGGAUGGAAGCAGAAAAGGAAGAAGAUGAAUUCAAACAAAAUUUCCCUUCAUUUGAACAAGAUUAUAUGGAUGUUUCUGGAAGACCAACUCUAGAGGGACCAGAACCUGUUAAAGUGGAUAGUAGUAAUACAUCCCAAGAGUCCCAUGAUUCUAUCUCGGAGGAAGAAAUGAAUACAAUACGGAGAAUCCACCAUGCAAUAUUUACUUUGCUAACAAAUGCUGAUUGGCUGAAACAAACUUGUAACAUAGAGGUCAAAGUUCAGGACAUUAUUAGACCCGUUCUAAGCAACUACAUGGUGAUGACAUCAUUGCUGAAACCGACCUAUCAGUAUCUGAAUGAAAAGAUAGACAAACCAAUGUUUGGUGGACAUCUCAUAGUGGCUUCAGUGGUACAGGAACAGAUAUCUCAACAAGGAGGCAGUUUAUCAGAGGACUAUGACAUCUAUUAUGAUAGUAAUGUAGCUGAGGCAGUUAAAUGUCUGCCUGUUAUUGACAAACUAGUCCACAAAGUACAGGAGUUACAAAUUGAAUGGCCUGGUCAUCCUACUCUUAAGCAGCUGGUGAUGAUUGGGGAUAGAAUAAAGUCAUUUGCAGUUACAUCCCCUGUUAUAAAGUUUCUUACAGGAAUUGAGUUGCUGUUAGAGAAAGCACAGGACUGGGAAAGUAAUGCUGCCAAACAUGUAUCUAUGAUGACAGAGCUGUCAGAAAUAACUGCUGUCAUCAUUGAAUGGAGAAAGUUAGAACUCAGUUGCUGGAGUAAAUGUUUAGAUACUGUCUGUAGAAAACAUUCAAGGAAAGCCAGUAGAUGGUGGUUUCAUCUGUAUCAGUUAAUUCAGUCCUAUCUAAUGCCAAGUCAGCUUGGAGAAGGAGACAAUACCCCGAUGACAGAUAAGGACAUUCUUAAAUCAUUGUUGGAGUUCAUGGAGAAAUCAACCUUGGGAGAAUGCAGGUCUCGUCUGGAAAUGGUGAAGAGCUUUCAUUGUCAACUUGUUAAUAUGGAUACUUCUGAUAAACAAAAGUAUCUGGUUAACCUACUCUGGAAUGUAUACCAGUUUUACAAUCAGUUCUCUGGAAUGAUAGAUGACGAAAUACAACGUCUCAGAGCUCCGGUUGAAAAAGAACUUAAGGGAUUUGUUAAGAUAGCUAGAUGGACAGACAUGAAUUACUGGGCAUUAAAAACAACCACUGAGAAGACCCAUAGAACUCUUCACAAACAUGUCAAAGCUUUUCAGGAUAUUUUAAACCAGCCAGUGAGAGCUGUAUACCAAGAAAAAACUACAUCUAUAAGCUCUGAACAGAAUAUCUCCAAAUGGAGGGAAGAGUUUAUAAACCUGAAUAUUGUGACCAAGAAACCAAUAAUUAUCCAACAGGUAGAGAGUAGUGAUGUUGCUCUUCCUUUACUGGGUAGAGCACCUACAUUGUGUGGAAAAGUUUACAAGCAUUGGCGUGGUCUGACGGAGAAGAUGCAAUAUAGAAGUAUAAUAUCAGAAUUAGAUGAGUUUAUUGGUGACAUGAUUGAAGAAGUGCAUGAAUUACAGGCCAAAGAAGUUAAUCAGUCAUUGGAAAAAGAUAAACAGAAAUCAGAAGCCAAACAUAUCUGCCAUUUGAGGAGAAGAGCCUUAGCUGAUCUCUUCAAACAUUUAACAGCUUGUGGACUAUCAUACAGGAAGGGACUUACCAUGUCCAGUCGUGACGACAAAGACACUCUUCCACUCACUGUUGAUCCUGUUGAUUUUAAUGUUCUCAUGGAAAGUUGUACCAUCUCAAAGUACAGUGAAAUGGUUUGUAGUACAUGGACUGGGUGCCAGCAGUAUUAUUACAGGUGUAUAUCUAGGAAAGCUAAGCUGGCUUCAGCAUUGAUGACUCCAUCACAGGAACUUGGUCUAGGGAAUAUGGACAGAUGUAGAGGUUUUACAGAACAUCUGAUGUCACUGGUUGUACAACAGUAUAAAGAUCUGUCUUCUAUUGGCCAGCAUUAUAAAUCUAUCAGUAUGUCUUUAGAAGCACUAACAUCUGUUAUUAAAGCUGGUGACAGUACAGUUCCACCAAAUCAGACAGAUAGUAAUAAAUGGCAUUUUGACUUCAAAGAAUUACUAACCUCUAUAACAGAAGGAAUGAUCCAGUUUGAAGCUCUGUUACAGUCUUGUCCAAAGUCAACAGGGGAGACAAAUCAUCAUCCAUCUCCAGUAGGAGAGGAAAAUCUCUCCAAAAUGGCUCUAGUUAAACAUGGUGAUUCUACUUGGACAAACUGUAUGACUUGUGUAAAGACAAUAAGACAAAGAACUGUAGAGUUACACAAAAAGUUAGUUGGAGAGAAUAAAAAUGUGAUAUGGACAAUCAAUUCAAUGAGAACUCUAACUGAAGCAGCUCAGUCACUGGAAAGUAUUGUUCCUGACAUGCAGGGAAUCAUUAACUUGUUUAAAAGUCCAUCUGACAAUUCUUUGUGUGAAUUCACAUCUAGUUUGUCUUAUCUCAGUGAAAGAAUUAAUAAAUUUGUGGCAGAGUUUAAAUCAUGGACAAGUCUUGAAGAACAGAAGAUGACACAUUAUAAAUCAGCGAGUAGUGAACUAAACAAUGAGGUCAACCAGUUUGCGUCAAAUGCAGAGGAACUUGUUUCUAGUAUUUUAAUGGUGAUUCAGAAUAUCAGGAAAAAUCAUGAGAGUGAUAAGGCUGUCACUGAUGCUGAAAAUGGUGAAAAUGAAGCUAUGAAAUUUGAAGAUGGACUGUUUGUAAAACAAGUUAUUGAAAAAGUUAAAGAGGAUGUAACACAUGUUUUAAGUACAAAGAUAACCAACAGUAUUCAACAUCUGAUGGAUCAGUUAAUAUCUCAUUGGAACAGUUCAGAUCCAGAAACAUUGCAGUCCAAUGUAACAUGUGUCAAGCUUAUAUCACAUUGUCUGCCUCUGUUACAACAGUAUUGUGAGGUUAUAGAAUAUUACCUACUUCAAGCCCUAGCUGCUAACAGGACAACAGCUAAACUUCUGUCUGUAUUGUUAGGGAUAUUUACAGAGCUAGCUUCAAAGGGUUUCUGUACUCCAGCUGAGUUUUCAGAUGAGGUGGCCGGUGAAGGAGCUACAGACUUUGAGGACAUUGAAAAUGCUGGAAUGGGUGAAGGGGAAGGUGUCAAAGAUGUCAGUGAUCAGAUUGAAAAUGAGGAUCAGCUUGAUGAAGCCAGAAAACCAGGCGACAAACCAGAGGAAAAAAGUGACCAGCCAGACAUACCUUCUGAGGACAAUGCUAUAGAAAUGUCUGAUGAUAUGGAUGGCAAACUUCAUGAUGUAGACCCCCAGGAGGAGGGAGACGAAGAUGAGGAGGGUGAGGAGCAGGAGGAAAUAGAUAAACAGAUGGGAGAGGUGGAUGAUCAGGGGGAAGAUAAAUUAGAUGAACAGAUGUGGGGUAGUGAUGAAGAAGAACCUGAAGAACAAGAAAAUCAGAAAGAAGAGGAGGGACCAGGAUCUGGCCAGGAAAGUAAGAGUGAACUAGUGGCCAAGGAUGAUAAUGAAGGGGCUGAAGAAGAGGAUCAGAAUAAGGACUCUUCAAAAGAAAACAAAGACAAUCCAGAUGAAGAAAAUAAACAGCCAAAUGAACUUGAUCAAAUGGACACUUCAGAGUAUGACGAGGACAAGGUAGAUCCUUACCAAAAUGAAAAGGAGGCAGAGAAACCUCCUGAUGGCAUGGACUUGCCAGAUGACCUUCAGCUAGAUGAUGACAUUGACAAAGAGGAAGAGGGUCCAGAUGGGCAAGAAGAAUCACAAAAAGAAGAACCAUCAGAUGGCAUAGAGAAUAUUCCUGAUGAAGAAAAUAAAGACAACACAGAUGAUAAAAAUGAUGAAGAAAUGUCACCAGAGGAGAAAGAGCAGAAAGAGUCUGAUGGAUUAGAAAAGGAAAACACAGAAGAUGGAAAAGAGGAAAGACAAGAAGAGGAAGGAAAAGAUGAACCUGGAUUUUCAGCACAGGAACCAAGUGAAGAAAAUCCUGAAGACCAAAUCAAUGAGGAAGAUAAAGAACAACCACAAGGGGCUGAGGUCAAAGGUCAGACAACACAUGAUUCUCAAAAUGUGGAACAAAGUGAUACAGCCCAUGACCAAGCAGGAGAAAGUGAAAAUAAUCAGGAAGAAGCUGAAGGAACAGGAACUGCACAGUCCGAACUAGAAGAAGGUCAUCAAGGUCAGAGUUCAUCCAAAGUUACACAAGGUUCAAAUUCACAGCAGCAGAAACAGUUGAAGAGAAAGCCUGGUAAAUCUGAUGUUGAUAGAAGUUUAGGUUCUGUGGAAGAUAAAUAUAAGAAACUGAAGACCACUGACACUCCUGCUACUGAAAGUCAGGAAGAUGAGUCAACAAGUAAAGAAGCUGAUUUAUAUGAACAUGUCAAAGAUGCAACAUCUAAAUAUGAUACCCAGACUAUUGAUACUGCUACGACAGAACAGCAGCUAGAACAACCUCUAGCUAGUCAGGAGGGGGAGGAGUGUGAACAGGAUGAGGAUGUAGAUAUGGCAGAGGAUGAUACUGACCAAAAGAAUGAAGACAUUGAGAUGCAGCAAUCAUUGAAAUUAAAAUCCAGGAAAAAAGAAUUGCAGGGAAAUGGUGAUGUGAAGGACUUAGAUGAUGUGACCAUGGAGAAAGUUAAUAUCCCUGGUGAUGUUAUAGACACAUUGACAGUUGGUAGGGGCCCUGUGUCUACCAUACAUACAAAGAUGGAAUACCUUCACACUGAUGUGAAGGAGGAAGUUAAUGUUGAGAAAUUGAGGGAAGAAUUAGAAAGUCAGCUGACAUCCUGGUCACAUACAGAUAGUGAUAAUGAUCUCACUGAGGAGGCAGCUGCUGAGGCCUGGAACCAAUAUGAAGUUUUGACCUCUAACCUUUCUCAGGAAUUAUGUGAACAGUUGAGGUUGAUAUUAGAACCAUCACAGGCCACAAAACUCAAGGGUGACUACAGGACAGGAAAAAGAUUGAAUAUGAGGAAAGUAAUACCUUAUAUAGCUAGUCAGUUCAGGAAAGACAAGAUCUGGUUGAGACGUACCAAACCAAGCAAGAGACAGUACCAGAUUAUGUUAGCUAUAGAUGAUUCCUCUAGUAUGGUGGACAACCAUUCUAAACAGCUUGCGUUUGAAUCUUUAGCCAUGAUAUCCAAUGCUUUGACAUUAUUAGAAGCAGGAGAACUGGGCAUUUGUAGCUUUGGUGAGAAUGUUAGACUGGUUCAUGAUUUCAAUGAGCAGUUUUCUAACCAUUCUGGAGCCAAACUAUUACAGCAUUUUACUUUUGAACAGAAGAAAACAAAAAUUGCACAGCUUCUGAAGCAGAUUACUGUACAUAUGAUGGAUGCUAGAUCUAGACAGCGUGGCAUGAUGGGUAAUCCAGACACUGCCCAAUUACUAUUAAUAGUAUCAGAUGGGCGUGGCUUGUUCAUGGAAGGAAUGGAGACAGUAAAGUCUGCUGUUAGACAAGCAAGAGAAUCAAACAUAUUUCUAGUGUUUGUUGUCAUUGACAACCCUCAGGCAAAGGAUUCAAUUCUAGAUAUCAGGGUACCAGUAUUCAAAGGAGCAAAUAGUAUGCCAGAGAUUAAGUCAUACAUGGAUAACUUCCCUUUCCCAUUCUACAUUAUACUGAGAGACAUUAAUUCUUUACCACAAGUGUUGUGUGAUGCUUUAAGACAAUGGUUUGAACUUGUGACAUCUACAGACAGCUGAUAAUACAGUGUUGCGAGCAGUGGUUUUAAAUAGUUCUCGUGGAAGUUUUAUGCCAGAAAUUUGCACCAAACUGAAUUGUGAUGCAUUCAGUUACAAUAGUGUUUAGUACUUUUAAUUUUGAAAUAAACAGUAAACUUAUGUGAUUGUUUAAAGUAAUGUAUGCAAAUAUUUUUAAUUGAGAAAUUUUACUUGCCUGAUAACAGAAACAGAGGAAAAGGAUUUCCUUGUUAGUGGAUAGUUGUUACAUUUACAGACUGUUAUUGAUGAGAACUGUUUUAUGGAAAAACUUAAUACAAUUAAGUUUAGAAUUAAAAUACCUUACUAUCUU